UAAUUAUCUUAGCAGCUUUUGACAAGAAAUAAAUUUAUAAACAUACUAUCUAGCUACUUCAAUUCAACAUAUAUAUUUCUGCAGGCCUAGCUAGGAGCAAUAUAAUGGCAGUCAUUUCCCAUCUUGGAGCUCUCAUUGUUUUGCUCUCAUUCCUCUCCUUGUUCCAUGAUUCAAGGGCUGCUAGGUUUUUAGGUGUCCUCAACCAUCAGCCUGCUGCAGAAAAAAGAUUUCACCUUCAAAGCCAGCAGACAACAACAGAAGAGAGACUGGACCAUAAUGGAGCUGCUAAUGAUGGAAAGGAAAGCGCUAAAGAAACUAAUGGUGAGCAUCUUCACCAUGAUGAAGAGAAGAACAAGAUCAUCAACAAUAAAUAUGGGGUUGCAAGUUCAUCUUCAGAAGCUUCAUCAGCUGUGAGUAAUUUGGCGGAUAAAAUGAUGAAGACGAAGAAGGAGAAGAAGAAAGAGGAGGAAGGGAAGGGAGAUGAAGUUAUAACAGAGGCUGCAGUUUUCAACUUGGAUUAUUUACCGCCAAAAACACACCCUCCUAUUCACAACUGAUGAAGUAAUUAAUUUAUUAACUGCAUGAUAAUGAGAGAGAUGGGAUCGGCGGUCAGUCGGUCGGUCAUCCAUGCAUGCAAAAAAUACGUAAUUAACUAAUUAAUUAGUAGACACUAAUAACGUAAUUAACAGACUAAUACUAAAGCAAAAAAAGACUAAUACUGAUAUAUAUGAUGAAUAUUACUCCCAAUAUUCAUUUUUACACACACUAAUUUCUUCUCUUUUUGUACUUUGAGGGACCAUAUAUAAGUAUAGUUUAGCAACAAUAUAUUAUAUGUAUUCCAAUUUUUACAGCAAUUUAACCCUUUGUAAAGCUUUCAGCAUACACCAUGCCGAUCCGGCAGAGGAGUUUUUGCUACAUAAUCCCUCUUUUUUGUACGAUCGAGUUACUCUUCUG